AUGAUUGUGAUGUCUCGAAGAUUUUUCGCAAACGGGUACUCGCUCGGCCUAGCCCCGGAACGGCGCAAGAUCAGCUCAGUCGGCAUCCUAGUGUGCGUAAAGUCUUCGCUGUUGUCCCAUCUGCUAUCCGAGAUAGACGGAGUGCGCAUCAGACACGUUGUGGCCAUGGACUGUAGUCUGGGACACACGGGUGUCAUCCCAGAGCGUAUUGCUGUCGAGUUCGAUGUGACGAACAUAGUCUCUGAGCUGGGGUUUGCGCAGGAUGGACAAGAGAAUGUACAGGGCUCUUUCAAGGUCGGCGCUCGAGCAAAGACGAAUACGACGGGCCGCGACAUCGCGUUGCGAGUUCACAUGCGACACGACCAGGAGCAGGAUGUCCUGGGGAAAUUCGAGGAGCGGCAACAUGGGGAACGAGACUCAACAAUUGGAAUAGGCCGGGGGGUUUACUUGGGCAGGAUUUACCCCCUGCCAGGGUCAACGAGUGUGAUGCGCAAAUCAAAUGAACGCGUUCACUCUACCCCAGACGCCCAGAAACUGCCCUGUACCUUCGAGUUGGAGGUGCCCGGCCUGGGCAUUCUCGAAGGCAACCCGGGAGAAGAUAUCAAAGCCGGCACCCGCAUGGAUCUCCCAUUAUGGCUGGGUGAAAUGCUCUCGAUCGGAGCCCGACUGGGCACCUCCCGUCUCGUCACGCUGGAUAUGCCCGACGCCCUGUCCGAGCGAGUGAUGAAUGCGUUAAAGGCCGAUCCUCGCACCGUAGACUUGCGCGCGCUGGCCCCGCAUUUCUACAGCCUGAGCGAGCGCAUUCUCGAGAUCUUCGAAGAGGAGGAGAUGGUCGAUGUCUUGAGUGAUACCUUCAAGAAACGGGCGGCGGAGAUUGCAGACCACGCCCAUAACCCGCGCGGAGCGGUGGGCGAUGGCGUGGAUUUCCUGCGCGGUCUGGAUGAGACGGAGCGGCAAUUAUUCCGGUCGGCUCAUGACCGGGCCAAGGAGAUGCGGAUCUGGUCGGGAGAAGCGAAGCGAAAGUAA